AUGCGCUUCACCCUCGCCACCGCCCUCUUCGGCGCCGCCGCCACGGUCGCCGCCGCCCCUACCCCCCAGAGCACCGGCGCGCCCGACCCGGCCACGUACGAGAACAUCGACAUUGCCGACCUCACCGUCCGCAAGAACGACGGCAUCCAGUCCGUGUCGUUCAAGCUGAGCGGCAGGGACGCCGCCGACCUCGGCUGCUCGGCCAGCGACCCGGGCCUCCCCUCGGCCGUCAUCACCUGCGGCGAGUCCAAGUACCGCUUCGCCCUGUACGCGGGCGCCGAGAGCGAGUUCGCGCUGCGUGUGUACCACGAGCUGGGCACUGCUGUCGGCUUCUACGGCGAGGGCGACGUUCCUACCAACUGCCGCGCCGGCGGGAACGGCCCCGACGACUAUGUCUGCUCCCAGGUCACCCCGACCACCAUUGUCAUUGAUGGCCAGUAA